UGCAGUCAGAAUUCUGUGGCCCCAUUGGCUCCGCCAGCCAGCCAAUGGCAUCCUCCCGGGCCCUGCUGGUAGCAGCACCUCGGUACACGUGCGGAGUGUUUAACUGGGUUGCUGACAUCACUGGGCUCCUGGCCACAGCUACUCCGCCUGCCUGUCUGGUUACACAGUGGGCUGCUACAGACUGCUGAGAAGGGAAGGUUAACCAGGCUCUGCUGCCCACAGUGUGCCGUACUCCCCGCUCUGCUCUCUGGAGGAGGUUCAGCCGUAGGAUGUGUUGGGUCAGCAGCGGAGUCACCAGGGGCUGGUCAAGGGUGACAGGAGAGCAGUUUUCACCGUCCCAGGCUUGUGUCGGCUAAUAGCUCCAGAGAAGCAGGACCUUCUAACUUGCACCACUGGUGUCCCCUAAGACUCUCUCAACUCUGAUCAAAUCCAUCCGGCAAGACACAGGUCAAAGAGGAAUCCUCUUUGACCAGUGCUUCUCCUUCCUUUUGAAGAAAAACAAAAGCUUUGUCGCUGCCUUAGCAGCUGUGGAAGUCCCAACCUUUUCCUCACAGCUGCCCCCAGUUCCCCAAAGAGGUGUCCAUGUCCCAGAAUCAGUAAUGAGUGCUGGCUGUGAGCCAGGGCAGAGCCCUUUCGAGGGUGGUGGUAGUAGUGGCAGUGGCAGCGUAAGUGGUGGGGCUGGAGCCCCACGGAGAGCCCGAGCCCAGCGUGGGGGUGAAGCCCAGGGCCAGACCAGUGAUGACAUGGAUGUCAACAGCAAUGGCUCUAGUGGCAAUGAGUCGCAUGGUGACUCCCACAGCAGCUCCCACAGCAGUGGCAAUGGCAAAGACUCAGCCCUCCUGGAAACCACUGAAAGCAACAAGAGCUCCAACUCCCAAAGCCCAUCUCCUCCCAGCAGCUCUGUGGCCUACAGCCUUCUUAGUGCAAGCUCUGAGCAGGACAACCCAUCAACCAGCGGCUGCAGCAGUGAACAGUCUGCCCGUGUGAAGACUCAGAAGGAGCUCAUGAAGGCCCUGAAGGAGAUGAAGAUCCGGCUGCCCUCCGAGAAACGCAGCAAGGGGAAGUCAGGGACCCUGGCCACCCUGCAAUAUGCACUGUCCUGUGUGAAACAGGUCCAAGCCAGCCAGGAUUACUACCAGCAGUGGACCAUUGAUGACAACCAGCCCUGCAAUCUGGAUAUGUCCACCUACACCAUUGAGGAGCUGGAACGCAUCACCUCAGAAUACACUCUCAAGAACCCCGACACUUUCUCGGUGGCCGUCUCUUUCACCACGGGGAAGAUCGUCUACAUCUCAGAUCAGGCAGCCUUCAUCCUGCGCUGCAAGAAGGAUGUCUUCAAGGGGGCCAAGUUUGCAGAGUUCCUGGCGCCACAAGAUGUCAGCAUCUUCUAUGGGUCCACAGCGCCAUACCACUUGCCCUCCUGGAGCGCCUGCACCUCUUCCACUGCAGCUGCCGCUGCCAUGGAUUACACCAAAGAGAAAUCGGUCUUUUGUCGUAUCAGCGGAGGCUACGAGAGUGGUCGCGGGCUGCGCUACUACCCCUUCCGGCUCACGCCUUACUUGACCAAAGUGCAGGACUCGGACAGCGCCGAGGGACAGCCCUGCUGCCUGCUCAUUGCCGAGCGCAUCCACUCGGGCUACGAAGCUCCCAGAAUCCCUCCUGAUAAGAGAAUCUUCACCACCAGACAUACCCCCAGCUGCUUAUUUCAGGAUGUGGAUGAGCGAGCUGCCCCUCUUCUAGGCUACCUCCCCCAGGACCUCAUUGGGUCCCCUGUCCUCUUCUACCUGCACCCAGAGGACCGGCCUCUUAUGCUGGCGAUACACAAGAAGAUUCUCCAGUAUGGCAGCCAGCCCUUUGACCACUCACCCAUCCGCUUCUGCACCCGCAAUGGGGAGUACGUCACCAUCGACACCAGCUGGUCCAGCUUCGUCAACCCCUGGAGCCGCAAAGUCUCUUUCAUCAUGGGCAGGCAUAAAGUGCGGACGGGCCCCCUCAACGAGGACGUCUUCACAGCCCCCAAAACUCAGAAGGUGAAGCCUGUGGAGCUGGACAUCCAGGAGCUCUCAGAGCAGAUCCACCGACUCCUGCUGCAGCCCGUCCAUGGCAAUGGCUCCUUGGGCCUCUGCAGCGUGGGCAGCAAUGCUUCCCACGAGCAGUUCCUGAGCAUCGCCUCCUCCAGCGAUAGCAGCGGCAUCCCCAAUGAGGAGGCACAAGCUGUUCGGCCGAUGACAUUCCAGGAGAUCUGCAAGGAUGUGCAUAUGGUGAAGAACCAGGGCCAGCAGGUCUUCAUUGAAUCCCGAGUCAAACCCCAGCCUGCCAAGCAUUCCCAGCCAGCUCUGAAAGCGCCAGUCAGCUGCAACAGGCAGCCUCUGGAGACCCUGAGGGACUUGGAGAGGAGGCCAGCAAAGGCAGCCACCUCUGAGGAAUCAGUCAGACAGGAGCCUUCCAACUAUUCAUACCAGCAGAUCAACUGCCUGGAUGGCAUCAUAAGGUAUCUGGAGAGUUACAACAUUCCAAGCCGUGUGAAGCGAAAAUGCGGCUCUUCCUCUUACACCACAUCCUCGAAUUCCGAUGACGACAAGCAGAAGGCAGGCGAGGAGGUGGCCUCUCUAAGCAAAGAUGCGCCAGAGGAAAUGCUGCCGACCCCGGAGAGCCAAUCCAAGAGCCUAGAGGAGCCUGGGACGGCAGCAGCUGCUGUGGUGGGAGGCACACUCACUCCGCUGGCCUUGCCUAGCAAAGCCGAGAGCGUGGUCUCUGUGACCAGUCAGUGUAGCUUCAGCAGUACCAUCGUCCACGUGGGAGACAAGAAGCCCCCCGAGUCGGAUAUUGUGAUGAUGGAGGAGGCAGCGCCCAGCGCAACCCCCCCUGCCCCUGUGCCCAGCAUCACCCCUGACCGGGGGGCGCAAUACCGCAAAGUGGGGCUGACUAAGGAAGUCCUGUCCAUCCACACCCAGAAGGAGGAGCAGGCCUUCCUCACCCACUUCAAGGACCUCAGCCAGCUGCACGUCUUCAACUCGCACUCGGGGCUGAGCUGGCAGGAGCUGCGCCAGGCGGGACCCCAUGCCAACGAGCGAGGGCACAAAGGUCCCCGCCAGGUGUCCCGAGGCCCAGGCCGCCGCGGUCGGAGCCGGAAGUCGAAAGCCAAGCGCAUCAAGCAGAACAGGCUGGCGGAGAGCACCAGCUCCCCGCAGAGCUCCAUCUCCCCUCCCCAGCUGCCCUGCGCCCCCAGCUCCUCCUCCUGGCCCCCCUCUGGCAACUCCCAAGCCAGCCUUUCCGCCAUGCCGUACCCGGCUGUCAUGCCCACCUACCCCAUCCCUGUCUUCCCCCCGCGGCCGGCCGCGCCCCCAGUCACACAGCCCUCCCAGAGCACCCUGGCUGCCCCUCAGUUUCCCAACCCACUGGUCACCCCCAUGAUGGCGCUGGUGCUGCCCAACUAUGUCUUCCCCCAGAUGCAAACCCCCAUGCCCCCACAGCCCUACUUCACCGCACCCCCUGUGUUCCCCUUCACCCCUCAGCCAGGGACCAUGCCCGCCGUCGUCCCUGACACGGGCAUGCAGGUCCCGUCACGCUCCUCCACCCCGCACUCUCUGAGUCAGCCCGAGCGGGCCGAGUCACCUCUCUUUGAGUCGCGCUGCAGCUCCCCGCUGCAGCUCAACUUGCUGCAGAUGGAGGAGAUGCCCAAGCUCUGUGACCGUCAGGAGGCCGCUGGUGGAAACCCAACAGGGCCAACUGGGGCCACCACCGACUGGGCCGUGGUGACGGGCGGGCAGAGUCUGGCGAAGGAACUCAGCAUUCAGAAAGAAGCGUGCAUGGCAGAAGCGCACGACUCCUCCAACAACGAUGCGCUCUCCAGCUCCAGCGACCUCCUGGACCUGCUCCUGCAGGAGGAUUCUCGCUCCGGCACGGGGUCGGCUGCCUCCGGGAGUGGCUCGGCCUCCGGCUCCAUGGGAUCCGGCUCCAACAGAGGCAGCACCUCUGCCAGCGGCACCACGAGCAGCAAGAGCAGUGGCACCAGCAAGUACUUCGGAAGCAUCGACUCCUCCGAGAACGACCUGCGGGGCAAGAAGCGGGCGGAGGUGGAAGACAAUGAACACUUCAUCAAGUACGUCCUGCAGGACCCCAUCUGGCUGCUGAUGGCCAACACCGACGACAAGGUCAUGAUGACCUACCAGCUCCCGGCCAGGGACCUGGAAACUGUACUGAAGGAGGACCGGGAAAAGUUGAAACAUAUGCAGAAGCGGCAGCCGCGGUUCACCGAGGAGCAGAAGAAGGAGCUGGCCGAAGUUCACUCCUGGGUCCAGAAGGGGAACUUGCCCAAAGCUAUCAACAUCACGGCUUGCAUGGACUGUGGGAGCAACCCUUCCUCUAAAGUGGCUCCUCUCUAUGACGUCGAGAUUCAAGACAUGGACUUGAACGGCAUGUUGGAGCCCAUGGAGGAGGGCAGCAGCGCGGGACAGGUUUGCCUGCCCUCCUUGCCCCCUGAAAUGGCCAUGGACGAAGAGGAGGCUGGGGCGGAGAGAGGACAGCAACAGCAGCCGCCAGCUCCAGCCGUGGAAGUGGUGCAGGACUCAGGCUAAGCUGGCAAGCCGCAGACUUCUCCCCCC